UGCAUUAGGAGAAAGUGAUUUUUGGAUUUUGCCUUGAUGAUAUUCUACGAAACAAAAAAAUGAGCUUCAGAAGAGGUAUAUCUCAAGUUCUAAAUCAUCCUCUGGGACGAGGCAUGAUUUCCUAUAGCAUAACAUGGCCCACAGCCGCAUUUAUUCAAGACUUUAUGGAUAAACGAAAUAUCGAUGAAAUCAAUUGGAAGAAAUGCAUUCGAUAUUCAUUGUACGGAUCAUUGUUCAUCGCACCAACACUAUACUGUUGGGUUCGGAUAGCUCACAGAAUUUUCCCGAGAGUGACCCUAGCGUCGGCAAUCAAAAAAGCUGCUCUGGAACAGAUAACCUAUGGCCCAAUAUCCCUAUCGGCAUUUUUCCUUAUCAUGACUUACGCUGAAACAGGGAGCGUUGAUAAAGCCAAAAACGAGCUUCAGGCUAAAUUUUGGGAUACCUACAAAAUCGCUGUGUGCUUUUGGCCGGCAGUCCAAACGAUAAACUUUUCUAUUAUUCCGGAUCGUAAUCGCUUGGUUUUCGUUAGUUUCUGUGGCUUACUUUGGAUAACAUUCCUAGCGUAUGUCAAAGAUCAUGGAGAUCCUCUGGAAAAGUUAUUGAAAAAUUCGAAACAGAAAUCUGUUGAACCGUCAAAAUAGUUACUCACUCCACUUUGCUCAAAACUUUCUUCUUUUUUUGAUAGAUGAAAUUUGUAAAUAUUUCGACCGAACUGGUUGUUAUUGUUGUUUUAAACGAAAUUAUUUAUUUUUUUUUAAAUGAAAUUAGUUUUUGUUAGCGUGCAGUACAAAUCAUAAUAUAAAUUGUUACCGAAA